AUGGCGGCGUCGUUUUCGUAUUUUUUCACGUUGUGGAAAUCCUUCACGACGUCCUCCACCGCGCCUCUCACGCGGGCGCUCGCCAUCGCGACUUGGAACUCGUCGUCUUCGACGAGCUUCAGGAGGAACUCCCGCAGUUCGGCUUCCUUAGCGAGGUCCGCGUGCGCGUCGAGCGCGCGCCACGUCGCGGGGGGCACGCCUUUCGCUUUCCUGUCCGCGACGGGCGUCGCCGCCCACGCCUCGGCGCGCUCCGCGCGAACGUCCGCCGCGUCCGCCGGCGGCGUCGCCGCCGUCUUCGUCGUCUUCGUCUUCGUCGUCCUCUUCUUCGUCCCGGGGCCCGACGUCGCCGCCAUCGCCAUGAUCUCCUCCGCGACGCUCGCGCACGCCGCCUUCGCCUCCUCGCUCGGCGUCAGCGCGUCGUCCCGCGCCGCGCGCUUAAACAACGCCGCCGUCGCGGGCCCGCACGCGUCGCGUCGCUUUUCAUCCGCCAGCAGCGCCCUCGCCGCGUUCGCCGCGCCCGCGGCGGCGGCGCAGUGCAGCGGCGUCAUCCCCGCGGGCGCUCUCGCUCUCGCUCUCUUGUUCUUCCCCUUCCCCGGGCCCUUCGCGUCGUCGUCGUCGUCGUCGUCGUCGUCGUCCGCGUCACCGGUGACGCCUCGCUCGAGGAGCCACGACACGACGUCCGCCGCGUCCAUGGCGCACGCGGCGUGCAGCAGCGUGUACCCGCCGUCGACGCGCUCGUCGAUCGGAUCGACGCCGCCCUCGCGCGUGAGCGCCUCCGCGAUGUCGAAGCGUCGUCGCAUCACGAGCGCCUCGCACAGCGGCGUGAGCUUCAGCUUGUUCGUCGCGCUCGCGUUCGCGCGCGCGCGGAGCAGCGCGGAGACGGUCGCGACGCCCGCGUGCCGGCACGCGAGGAGGAGCGGCGUGUCGUCCGCGUGA